AUGUUGAAUCCAAUUGAGGCCAAGUUGCCAAACCCUCCUCCAAGGAACCUCGACCAUUCAGUAAGUUGUGAGUACUGUUCAGGGGCCCCCGGGCAUGAUACGGAGAAGUGUUGGAAACUGAAAACAGCGGUGCAAGAGCUCAUUGAUACUCACUGGAUCGAGGUUCAGGCCCCAGAGGCACCGAACAUCAACCAGAAUCCGUUACCAGCUCACCAUGAGACCCAUAUGAUUGAGUUGAUACACAAGGGAGGGGAGCCAAAGAAACCUUCACAGACAGUGACCAGUGGAAAGUCGUCGGUCCAGUUGAAAGGGGUGAAUGACAAGCCAGUUGUGGUGGCCGAGAAGGGUUCAUCGAGCAUUGUUCCAGUGAAACCAGAACGAGCAAAAGUGGUGGUACCGGGGGUUGCAAGUAAAUCUGUUGUGGCCGUGAAGGGGGCUCGCAUAGAGCCUGUUAUUAUAAAGCCGGUAACUCAGCUGCCAGUGAUCAACAGUAAAACUGUCCCUUGGAGUUAUGAACAAGUGGUUGUAACAUAUAAAGGGAAGGAGGUCAGGGAAGAAGUGUGUGAGGCCCAAGGGCUAACUCGUUCGGGAAGGUGUUUUGCUCCCGCGGAGUUAAGAAAGGCCAACUUAGCAGCGACAAAGAAACCUGUAACCGAGGAAGAACCGGAGGAGUUCCUAAAGAAAAUGAAAAUGCAGGACUACUCCAUUAUAGAGCAGCUGAGAAAGACACCAGCCCAAAUCUCAUUACUUUCGUUGUUGAUCCACUCAGAUGAGCACCGCCAGGCGCUGAUGAAAAUAUUGAAUGAGGCCUAUGUCCCUGACAAAAUCUCGGUGAAUCACUUGGAGAAGAUAGCAAAUAAAAUCUUUGAGGUAAACCGAGUUACUUUCUCAGAUGAUGAGUUGCCAGUGGAAGGUACAGAACAUAACAGGGCCCUUUAUCUAACGGUGAAAUGCGAAGAUUCUGUAGUCACACGAGCUUUGGUUGACAACGGGUCCAGUGCAAAUACAUGUCUCCUUUCGACGUUGAAUAAACUGAAGGUCGGCGAUGACAGAAUUCGUAAGAAAAUAUUUUGUGUACGAGGAUUCGACGGCGGAGGCAAAGAUUCUGUGGGUGACAUAAUACUAGAAUUGACAAUAGGGCCCGUGGAGUUCACCAUGGAGUUUCAAGUGCUAGAUAUGGCGGAGAUCGUGGUGCACGGUGAAGAUAAUAUGUGUGCCCUAGGUGAUGCCAUUGUACCCUUCAUCGAAGUGGAAGACAACCAGGGGCCAUGGGUAUAUCAAGUCUCCGACAUGGUACUAUUGGAAAAAGUCCUAGAGGGGAAAAGCAUCCCAGUUCCUGGGGUAACAGCCGCAACUAUCAUGGCGGUUUCUGAAAUGUUAAAAAAUGGUUUUAUACCGGGUAAGGGUUUGGGUGCUGAUCUUCAAGGCAUCGUGCAGCCAGUCUCUCUUCCGAAGAAUUUGGAUACAUUCGGUUUGGGGUUUAAGCCUACCGCGGCAGAUGUGAAACGAGCCCGCAAAAUGAAGAAAAAGGCAUGGGUCUUGCCAAAGCCAAUCCUGCGUCUGUCCAGAUCCUUCGUCAGGCCUGGUAUUAGAAAGAAGCUGUUGUCAAAAGUUCCCUAG